AGACAGUGCCGCGCCUCCCCAACCCCCCCCACCCCGUCCGCCUCGCACGCCCUCGGAAGCGCAGGCUCCCUGGCACCUCGGCCUCGCGUCCCCAGCCCGCUGCACCUCCGGGCCCCCCUUAUCCUCGAGAGGCACAGGGAGUUGUCGAAGGGGGGCCUCGGGAAAUUCCCCGGACCCCUGUGCCAGGAGGUGCCCGGUUCGCCCGCUCUCACCACCCCCCCCCGAGGGCGGUGCCCGGGGGCGCUGCCCCAUGGAGCUGGGAGGCGGGCGCCGUCUGCUUUGGGAGACCUGACCCGAGUUGGAGCCGUGUGUGGCAGCGCCCCUACCCCAGCCGAUCAUGCGCCGCCGCCCCUGGCUCGCCAGUCCUACCGGGCUGUGAGCCCCCCACUUCCAGCCUGUCACGGCCUGUGCGCCAUGGGCAGCGCCCACCCUCACCCCUGGCUGCGGCUCCGACCCCGGCCCCAGCCGCGGCCGGCGCUCUGGGCGCUCCUGUUCUUCCUACUACUGCUGGCUGCUGCCGUGCCCAGGUCAGCACCCAACGAUAUCCUGGGCCUCCGCCUCCCCCCGGAGCCUGUGCUGAACGCCAACACAGUGUGCCUGACAUUGCCAGGCCUGAGCCGGCGGCAGAUGGAGGUGUGUGUGCGUCACCCUGAUGUGGCUGCCUCAGCCAUCCAGGGCAUCCAGAUUGCCAUCCAUGAGUGCCAACACCAGUUCCGGGACCAGCGGUGGAACUGCUCUAGUCUUGAGACUCGAAACAAGAUCCCAUAUGAGAGUCCCAUCUUCAGCAGAGGAUUCCGAGAGAGCGCUUUCGCCUACGCCAUUGCAGCAGCUGGUGUGGUGCACGCUGUGUCCAACGCGUGUGCCCUCGGCAAAUUGCAGGCGUGCGGCUGCGAUGCAUCACGGCGCGGGGACGAGGAGGCCUUUCGUCGGAAACUGCACCGCCUGCAGUUGGAUGCGCUGCAGCGCGGUAAAGGUCUGAGCCACGGCGUCCCAGAGCACCCAGCCCUGCCCCCAGCCAGUCCCGGUCUGCAGGACUCCUGGGAGUGGGGCGGCUGCAGCCCCGACGUGGGCUUUGGGGAGCGCUUCUCUAAGGACUUUCUAGACUCCCGGGAGCCUCACAAAGACAUCCACGCACGCAUGAGGCUUCACAACAACCGAGUCGGGAGGCAGGCAGUGAUGGAGAACAUGCGGCGGAAGUGCAAGUGCCAUGGCACGUCAGGCAGCUGCCAGCUCAAGACAUGCUGGCAGGUAACGCCAGAGUUCCGCGCGGUGGGGGCGCUGCUGCGCAGCCGCUUCCACCGCGCCACGCUCAUCCGGCCGCACAACCGCAACGGCGGCCAGCUGGAGCCCGGCCCCGCGGGGGCACCCUCGCCAGCCCCGGGCGCUCCCGGGCAGCGCCGCCGGGCCAGCCCCGCUGACCUGGUCUACUUUGAGAAGUCGCCCGACUUCUGCGAGCGCGAGCCGCGCCUAGACUCCGCAGGCACCGUAGGCCGCCUGUGCAACAAGAGCAGCACCGGCCCGGAUGGCUGUGGCAACAUGUGCUGUGGCCGUGGCCACAACAUCCUGCGCCAAACGCGCAGCGAACGCUGUCAUUGUCGCUUCCACUGGUGCUGCUUCGUGGUCUGCGAAGAGUGCCGCAUCACCGAGUGGGUCAGCGUCUGCAAGUGAGCGGCUCAGGGUUCCCUGAGCAAGGUUCCAUUCCUUGAGCCUGCGGUCUACGGUUUUCAAUCCUGGUCAGGCAGCAUCACUUUGGUUCCGAGGAGAGGAAGUCGGACCGCGUGAUCUUAUAGGACCCUCCUGGCUCUGAGAGUCUGCAAUCACAGGACAGUCUGGGCCUGCCUGAACCAUAGCCCUCACCUCUGUGAGCUCUAGGACUUAUUGGCCUCCCCCCACAGUUGGACUGGGGUUUGCCCCCACACCUCGGAGGCAAGUGUCAGCAGACUCCCCUUUUCCUGGAGCAGGGGGAGAAUGAAUGGAAGCUGAUGGGCAGGAAGAUUAAAGGAAGAAAUGGACAUUAUUGAGCUGAAGUUAUUCUAUAAAGUCCCCAGA